UUGAGAGUACACACAGCCAUCUUGGAUCUAACGAAGAGAAGGGAAAUUGAUGCGGUGACGAAAGGCAUGUUUGGUGCUAGAAAGAAAUUUGUAGAGUUCGUCGAGGUAGUCGAUAACGACUUUCCUGAUGAAAACAUGUACUACAACCAGCCGUCGAUGUUCCCACAUCGGUCGGACAAAGAUAUGCUGUCUUCUCCCUCACCAUCAUCAUCAGGUCAGCUGUCGCAGCUUGGUGCAAGUUUGUACGGUCCACAAAGUGCACUCGGCUUUUCGGUAAGGGGCAUGGGGAACAAUACACCUCAGUUAAACCGAAAUUUAACGCAAGGCACCCAGCUACCAAGUCAUAUCACCCCCACAACAGGGGUCCCCACCAUGUCCCUCCAUACCCCUCCAUCACCAAGCAGGGCGACCUUGCCGAUGAACACAAGGAACAUGCUGAACCACUCUCAGGUCGGUCAAGGUAUUGGUAUGAGUGGCAGGACCAAUAGUAUGGGCAGCUCGGGGCUGGGCAGCCCUAACCGCAGCUCGCCCAGUAUAAUCUGUAUGCCCAAACAGCAACCAGCACGCCAGCCGUUCACCAUAAACAGCAUGUCAGGAUUUGGAAUGAACCGCAAUCAGGCUUUUGGGAUGAACAACUCAUUAUCAAGCAACAUCUUCAAUGGCACAGAUGGGAGUGAAAAUGUAACGGGACUGGAUCUGUCAGACUUCCCUGCAUUAGCAGACAGGAGUCGGAGAGAAGGGACCGGAAACCCAACACCGGUGCUCAACCCACUGGCUGGAAGGGCUCCUUAUGUUGGCAUGGUGACGAAGCCAUCUACUGAACAAACACAAGAUUUCUCAAUCCACAAUGAGGACUUCCCUGCACUGCCUGGCCCAAACUAUAAGGACCCUACGUUGAACAACGAUGACAGCAAAACUAACUUGAACUCCACAAGCAAGAGCACAUCCAAUGCAGAUGGGCCCAAGUUCCCUGGAGACAAGACGGCCUCAGCACAGAACAACAAUCAGAAGAAAGGGAUCCAGGUGUUGCCCGAUGGCCGGGUGACAAAUAUUCCCUCAGGAAUGGUGACAGACCAAUUCGGCAUGAUUGGCCUUCUGACGUUUAUCCGGGCAGCAGAGACAGAUCCGGGGAUGGUCCAUCUGGCGCUAGGAAGUGACCUCACGACACUGGGACUCAACUUAAACUCACCAGAAAACCUGUACCCCAAGUUCGCCUCUCCCUGGGCUUCAGCACCUUGUCGACCGCAGGACAUUGACUUUCAUGUUCCAUCGGAGUACUUAACCAACAUCCACAUAAGGGACAAGCUGGCUGCAAUUAAACUGGCACGAUACGGUGAAGACCUGCUGUUCUACCUGUACUACAUGAAUGGUGGAGACUUACUACAGCUUCUGGCAGCAGUAGAGCUCUUUAACCGGGACUGGCGGUAUCACAAAGAGGAGCGGGUUUGGAUCACAAGGGCGCCUGGCAUGGAGCCUACACUGAAGACCAACACCUACGAGAGGGGAACCUACUACUUCUUUGAUUGUCUUAACUGGAGGAAAGUAGCCAAGGAGUUUCAUCUGGAGUAUGAUAAGCUGGAAGAGAGGCCUCAUGUGCCAACAACGUUCAACUACAACCCAGCCCAGCAGGCCUUCUAAGGCCCGACCAGUCCAAAGGCCACAGCUGUUCCUGCACACAACGCUGUUGUCCAGGGAGUGCGCUGUGGUUCACACAGCUUGGUUUUUAUUCCUCGAGGAUUUGGCUAUUUGACUGCGGGGGGUCGUCGCCACCAUCAAAACUGCCCUGCCUUUCCAAAUUACAUGCUGCCCAAAACACCAACACUUGUUCUGUUUUUAUUCUUUAUGUUCCUCCUGUUUUUUUUUUGUCUUGUUUCCAGCAGGGUCUGUGUUAUGUUUACGUCUCUGAAUCUGAAGUCUGUUUUCUCCCGGAGGAGGACUCACCUUGUGGCACAGGACAGUGACAGAACAAGGGUUACGCCUCAUAUUUACAAGUGUUAAGAACAGAAAACAGGCGGGGAGUUAACAUCCUCAGACGCAAGUGAAAGGGUGAAAGAAAUGCAAUGUUUAUUGUUGCACUAUAUUUAGUAAUAAAAGAACACAAAAUUUGUUUGUGCUUUUUCAUGUGAAA